UCCCAGCCGCCAUGUUGGCUGGUGUGUGGGUGUCAAACGGAGCCAGACGCGGCGGCGGCAGCAGCUCCGCGGGCUCGGGUAGCCCCGGUCUCUUCGGCGCUGCCGGCGGCCGCAGCCGCGUAUCCGCGCCGGAACGGCGGAGCGGAGGUCAUGGCUAGCUUCUUGGAUCUGAGGCUCCAGAGGAGGAAAUGACUUCAGGGCUCUUACCCCAGCUUGAUUGCGGAAACUGGACCUUCACAGGGUGUGGACUUACUGAGGAAAGGCAAUUCUUUCUUUAAAGGGCUUUAAAUUUGUAGCAAAGAAAAUAAAAAUGACGACUUCGUCUAUCAGACGGCAGAUGAAAAACAUUGUGAACAAUUAUUCAGAGGCUGAAAUUAAAGUCCGGGAAGCCACCUCCAAUGACCCAUGGGGUCCAUCCAGCUCUCUGAUGACCGAGAUUGCUGACUUGACCUACAAUGUGGUGGCCUUCUCAGAGAUCAUGAGCAUGGUGUGGAAGCGGCUCAAUGAUCAUGGCAAGAACUGGCGGCAUGUGUACAAAGCACUAACACUGCUGGACUACCUCAUCAAGACAGGCUCCGAACGUGUGGCCCAGCAGUGCCGUGAGAAUAUCUUUGCCAUCCAGACUCUGAAGGAUUUCCAGUACAUUGACCGUGAUGGCAAGGACCAGGGUAUCAAUGUGCGUGAGAAGUCAAAGCAGCUGGUGGCUCUCCUCAAGGAUGAGGAACGGCUGAAGGCAGAGCGGGCCCAGGCUCUCAAAACCAAAGAGCGCAUGGCCCAGGUGGCCACUGGCAUGGGCAGCAACCAAAUCACCUUUGGCCGUGGCUCCAGUCAGCCCAACUUGUCUACCAGCUACUCAGAACAGGAGUACGGCAAGGCUGGGGGAUCACCAGCCUCCUAUCAUGGCUCGCCUGAGGCCUCACUGUGCCCUCAGCACCGCACAGGGGCCCCACUGGGUCAGAGCGAGGAGCUACAGCCACUGAGCCAGCGCCACCCCUUCCUGCCGCACCUGGGGCUGGCUUCCUGCCCAAAUGGCGACUGGGCCCAGCCCUGCCUCACUUGUGACCGGGCAGCCCGAGCCACCUCCCCACGUGUAUCCUCGGAGCUAGAGCAGGCUCGGCCACAGACAAGUGGAGAAGAGGAGCUGCAACUGCAGCUGGCACUUGCCAUGAGCAGAGAAGUGGCAGAGCAGGAAGAACGCCUCAGGCGGGGUGAUGACCUCAGAUUACAGAUGGCCCUGGAAGAAAGCCGGAGAGACACAGUUAAAGUUCCAAAAAAGAAAGAGCAUGGCUCCCACCCACAGCAGACUACUCUUUUGGACUUAAUGGAUGCUCUCCCCAGCUCUGGCCCUGCUGCCCAGAAAGCGGAACCCUGGGGCCCAUCAGCAUCUGCUAACCAGAACAACCCCUGGGGUGGGCCAGCAGUUCCUGCAAGUUCUUCAGAUCCCUGGCCAUCAUUUGGUGCCAAGCCAGCAGCCUCUGUGGACCCGUGGGGAGUACCCACCACAGCCAGCACACACUCUAUUCCCCAGAGCUCCGACCCCUGGGCAGCUUCACAGCCACCUCCCCCAAGUGCUGGGAAAACAAUGGAUGCCUGGGGUGCAACCUCGGCUGCCAAGCCUGUAUCCGCCUCGGGGUCCUUUGAGGUCUUCAGUAAUUUCAAUGGUACAGUUAAAGAUGACUUUUCUGAAUUUGACAACCUCCGAACUUCAAAAAAAACAGCUGAGUCUGCGACCUCCCUACCAUCUCAGAACAAUGGAACUACAAGCCCUGACCCCUUUGAGUCUCACCCCCUAACUGUUGCCUCAAGCAAGCCCAGCAGUGCCCGGAAAACACCGGAGUCCUUCCUGGGCCCCAACGCUGCUUUGGUGAACUUGGACUCGCUGGUGACCAGGCCUACUCCACCAGCCCAGUCCCUUAACCCCUUCCUAGCACCAGGUACCACUACCACCUCGGCCCCUGUUAAUCCCUUCCAGGUGAACCAGCCCCAGCCACUGACGCUGAACCAGCUGAGGGGGAGUCCAGUCCUGGGGAGCAGCACAGCCUUUGGGCCUAGCACAGGGGUGGAGCCCAUGACCUCAGCAGCCCCACACCCAGUUCUGGGGGCCAGUGGCUCCACUUUGACACCCCUGGGCCCCACAACGAUGAACAUGGUGGGCAGUGUGGGCAUGCCUCCUUCGGCAGCACAGGCCACAGGCACAACCAACCCUUUCCUUCUGUAGUGCCCUGGGCUUGGGACCCACCCAGAGCAAAUGCCCGGAACACUCGUGCCAGAGGACACUUAGUGAGAACUCUGUGUGGGGUGGUAGCUGAGAGGUGGGGGUGGGUAUUAGGGCCUUCAGUUCCAGCUUCCUGGUAAAAGGAUUGUCCUUUAUAGCCCAAACUCUCAGACUUGAAUAGCAUGUGGGGUGUCCUCUCCAUCUGAGGCAGGGCCGCUUGCCUCUCCCCAGCCUGACCAAGCUCCUCUGAGGCCUUGGAUGCAGAAGUGAAGUUGUCAUUGUUGUCCUUAUUCCCAGCCUCAUCCCAAGGGUCCUUAAAAUGCUGCCUAGCCUGGAACUUGGGACAGUCACCUUGUCUCUGUCCCCCAUGACCCAGCCCCAGUCCUGGGUAUGGACCAGAUGAAGUGCCAGCCCCAUCUGACACUGACUUUUGGAGAAGUGGUUGUGCAUAUUUUAUUUUCCUUUGACUCAUGUGUGAGUUCAAAGUAAACACUACCACCAUGGACAACUUUUGAAUUAAAUCCACUAGAGCAAGCUUUAAAACUAAUCUGAGCAUAACCCUGCCACAUGGCUCUAUGCUUGUACACGUUUGCACAUAUUUUGUUUAGUACAGUUUCAUAUUUGAGUUUGCAGAAUUAUCUAAUAGUCUUUUUUUGGCUAAUAUUUUUAUAACGUGGUUCUUAUUUAACUGUCUAGUUUUGAUAGAAUUUACCAGGUCUGGCUGAAUUAAGAUCUUGGCAUGUGUCAUUUAGUGGUUUAAAUCCUCUUAUUUAUGGUUUUAACUCUGUAAGAAAACUUAAAAAGGAAGAGAUGUUUGAAUGACAAAAACAUGCCUUAUAGGAAACCUAAAGCAAAUUCUUUAUAGGGAAUUUGAUUACACAAAAAAGAUGUUUAUUUAAGGGAAAAAAAACCAACUCCACCAGUAACAGACUUGUAGCCUCCAGUUGCCUUUUCCUUUCUCUGUCUCCCUUUUUUGGUUAAUUACAAACCAAUCAACUCUCAGCUCUUUCAGCUAGAUCCUGAGAGCGGUUUUAUUUCUUACCAGUAUACCAACAUCUUGGAAGUUAAAGGAAAAAAAAUCUAAUCUAUGAAUGUGACUCACUGGUUUUAUCAACUAAUUCCUUUUUUAAUUAAAGGCCCACAGGGAUUAAUAGGGACUCUGUUUACAGUGUGUCAGAAGUAGAGGGAGCAUCUUAGCCUUGCAUCUGUGCUCUCCUCUGUCUCAGUCCUUACUCAGGUUAUGGUUGGAAACAGCGGUCGUCCUGGGUGUGAGGUGCUGCUGUGCCCAGGGGUCCCUGGGGGAGAGUCCCUAGACUGAGAUCGGGUGAGGGACCAGGGCUUGCUUUGAACCACCUACCUUCCGGCUCGAGACCAGCUCUAGACACAGGUUGCAGAAGAUGAAAAAAUUCAUUGCCACCUGGGAUAGAAUUUUAACAAACAUGCACUAAUAUCAUCUCCCUCUUCCAACCUCCUUCUGUCCUCGUCCUACUCACCACUGUGAAAAAAGUAUUAAGUCUCAAAUUAUAGACCAGAGAAGACUUUAUUUUUCCCCAGGGAAGGGACAGUCCCCUGAGUCCUACUGUAUGUCCCAGCAGUCUAGCAGGUGUUUCUGACUCGCUUUGAAACACAGACUUCUCACCUACAGCUCCAAGGGCAGCUAACCACCUACCUGCCCCUCUCUGGUUCCAGAGAGAUUUGACCCCUAGCACCAGCCCAGGAGAGAUUGCAGUGGUCCCUGGGCUGCAGGAGGCCAUGAUGGCUCUGCAUGAGGACUGCUCUGAGUCCUGUGUGAGACCUUCUCCUCCUUGGUGCAGGCCCGAGUUCCCAACCAGCCACUCUUCCUGGAACUGCAGGCCUGCAGCUGGCCUUAGGCUCCAGUGUCAUUCAGGAAGGCUGGUAGAGGGUGAGAGGCACUGUGGUUGUGGAGGAGGGCACCUGCCCCAGAUGGUGCUUUCCCUCCAGUGGUGUGGAGCCUGGCAGCCUACAGGUCAGUGCACCAGACCCAACUCCUAGGGUCAGUGAUUCUUUUGUAAUAGACAGUAGCCCAUCCUGAUGUGACUGAGGCCCCAACACAACAACCACUGUGCCACCAGGGCCCAAGAAGAUAGCCCCUCGCCCCGCCUCAUGGCACAGGCUGUUCUGAGCGCACGUUGUUCCUGUUGCCUGCUGCACUGAUCAUGAAGCCACCGGCCACUUCCACAUGUGUUUCACACGUGCCACUGUGCCCCCUUCUGAUGAGCACCAUGGUGGAGGAAAGCACCCAGGGGCCGGUGGCUGGUUUUGAACAUGUGUUGACUGUUGAUACUUAUUUACUGUAUAAAUAUAAUUUAUCAUUUGUAUCAUGA